ACAAGAUGCAGGAGAGUUAUUACAACUGAAGAGCUUCCAGUUGAAGAAAGUAGGGGAAAAUACAAAAAGCUGUUGCUUACACUCGCUCAAUCGAUCGAUGUGGCCAGUCUGAACUAGAAUGCUCGCCUUUGCGCACAUUCUUAAUUUCGCCACAAACCAGACACUCAGUCUUGUUCAGAAUGAAUCGCGGCACUUAUGGCGUACUCGGGUGUAUGUCUGGUUUCCUCGUUCUUGAAUUCAGACCCUUUCGAUUUGGUGUGCUCUGGGCCGCUGUCCGCCUACCUCAAGCAUCAAGAUGGCCCUCAAGAACCUGUUCGUCGGCAGCUCGCGCUGCCUCGCUACCCGCUUCUCCUCCUCCAAGUCCCAAACCAGGGGAACCACCGUAAGGAUGAAUUUUCUACCGGGAUCCUAUGUGGUACUCCCAUCCCAUCUGGGACAUACAGGCGUCGUGACGACUGGUUGAUCCCUUCGGAGGAUGUACCCAAGGAAGAGCUCAAGAAAAUAUUCAACACGCACGAAGUGACAAAGAUACACGCUGUGCUCGUGUUCGACGAAGACGGUGUCCUCGCCUACUGCCACGCGGAGCCCAUCAAAGCCAACGUCGCGUCUACGACCGCAGGCUCCCCUACAUUAUGCGGUACGCCUUCCCCAAAAGAGAAAGCCCUCAUUGCAGCGCUUCCCCGCCCGCCGUCGUUCGGACCGCGGCGCAAGCAGUCUGCUUCGGGCCAUCGGAUUCUCAGUGCCACCGACUUUGAUGUCCUCAAGUUCCUUGGCAAGGGCGGCUUCGGCACGGUGUCGCUCGUGCGGGACGCGGUUACGAACCGUCAGUAUGCGCUGAAAGUUGUUCGUAAGGAACGGCUGCGGCCCAGGAGCCUCGGCGCGAUCUUCGAGGAACAGGAGGUUCUGAAGAGACUGCGCGGGAAUGCGUGGUUCUCGAACUUGCAGGCAUCCUUCCAUGACACUCAUCACCUAUACAUUGUCUUGGACUUUUGCGCCAAGGGCGGCCUGCACUCUCUCGUCGCUCAACAAGUAACUCUAAGUCGAGCUCAGAUCCUCCACUACACGGCCGAGCUGAUCCACGCACUUGAAAUCCUCCACGGUGACAUCAAGUCAGAUAAUAUCUUCAUCGACGCCGACAACCACAUCGUCCUCGGCGACUUUGAUCUCGCUCGCGACUUUACGAGGCGCAAGGAAGCCCGCCCGUGGAGGCUUCUCGAGCUGCUCGGAAGGACGCACAUGACCACUUACCCGAUGGACGACGAGGACCGGUAUUACAAGCUCGACUUUGGCGAGUGCGACCUCACGGGGAGGUCGGGCGGUACGGGCGGGUACAUGGCGCCCGACUUGUUUUGCGACAAGCUGCACUCCUUCGGCGUCGACAUCUGGGCGGCGGGAGUCACCAUUUACAAGCUCUUCACCGGCCGCUUCCCGUUUGAUCUUUGCCAGAACGACUCGUCGCGUGGAAUGGUGAAGAAGAUGCUCAACAACCCGCUGGAGUCCGGUGUCGUCCUCGGUCCUGACGCUGUCGUGAGUGAGAACACGAAGGACCUGCUUCGAGGGAUGCUCGAGCCUAGCCCGCACAUGAGAUGGUCAGCAGCGAAGAUCAAGAAACACGCGUUCUUCCAAUCAAUCGACUGGGCUCGUGCAGAGCGCCGGGAGAAUCUCCAAAUGGUCCCCGCCGGACUGGCAUACGAGGCGGACGAGGACCCAUACCCUUGGUUCGAGUACGUCUCUCCGGAGCUGCACCCUGCUCGUCGUCGCAAGUCUUCUUCUGGACUCAGUAUUAUGGUGGCUCAGGUGGCCCAGGGCAUGUCGGGCGUGUUGGAAAAGGGGAGGCGUUGGUGGACUUCUCUAGGGAAGUAA